UAAGGCAAUAACAUUUGUAGUAUCUCCCUCUACUUCCUCCAGGCUACUCUUUAUUGUUCUGUUAUUAUUUUUCAAAAAAUGGAAAUAGUUGGCAAGAUUGCAUGUUUCGUGGUCUUGUGCAUGGUGGUGGUUGCACCCCAUGCAGAGGCACUAAGCUGCGGCCAGGUUCAGUCUGGUCUGGUUCCUUGCCUCCCUUAUCUGCAGGGUCGCGGCCCUCUCGGAGGCUGUUGUGGCGGUGUUAAAGGUCUGUUGGGUGCAGCAAGGUCCCCAGCUGACCGCAAGACUGCAUGCACUUGCCUGAAAUCGGCUGCUAAUGCUAUUAAAGGCAUUGAUAUGGGCAAAGCCGCUGGACUCCCUGGUGCUUGUGGCGUCAACAUCCCCUACAAGAUCAGCCCCUCCACUGACUGCUCUAAGGUCCAGUAAGAUUGAUGAAAGACCAGGAGCAGAAUAUACAAUAAGAUGGACAUCGACUAAUUUGAUCCUGCUUAUGGAUCCAAUUCUAUUUUGUGUCUGUUCUCUUUUGUUUUUUCUCUGGCUUUUGAAGUCUUAAACGAGUCUUGUAAUGAAACUUUAGCGGUUGGUUGUAUUACAAUCCAAUCUUGAUAUAUAGAACAUCUAUCUUAUUUAGUUAA